UGUUUGUUUAUCACUGCUGCUCUACUCGGGAUUGGAUCGUCAAUGAGGUUUUACUUCAUUGCUUGGUCCACCCGAGUAUUAACUUACCUGGCUGCUCCUUUAUUGGGUCUUCGUCUCUCUGCCAUGUUUGUCAAUGCGCUCACAGUUCGGAGCAGAUCUUAUUGGAGAAAACUAAGUGAGUAGAGAUACCAAGUAAGAACAUUUCUGACUAAGCGUUUUUUUCCCAUUGAAUUUGGGCUAUGAAAUAAAGGUUGAUAUUCGUCUACAAAGAAUCUAGAUCAAGAGAGGGUCGAGAAAGGAUACUUGAUCUCCUUCAGAGGCCUUUAUUCAGGCUAAUCCUUACUAGUCAGUUCUUUUAUUGUAGUUUUUAAUGCAUUAUCGAAAUAAAUCAGUGGUUUCUUUAGUUUUGGUUUAUUUUGUUCGUAGACAUGUCCAGAAAACUUGCACCACCUGCUAAACCAAUCAUAUUCAACACUAAAAUAACCGCUACUUGGUCACACGCCUAUUCUCGCCUUCACUGAAGUAGUUUGCUCAAAAGAAUAUAGAGUUACAUAAUACCGUUGUUGCGGACGGCGCUAGGUAAUAAAACCAAAAAUGUCGUAUUUCAGAUUUGGCACACUCUGCACCAAAGGAUGUCCCAUACGUCAUUGAUUUUUUUUUACUCUUCUCCUUUGAGAGCACUACUGGUUUCGUAUCUGCUUUCAUGGGUGACACGGCUUAUCUUAUGAGAAGAACUGUUUUCGCCAUCGUCCAAAACUUCUUUCCUGACGAAAGGUAUCUUUUUAAAAAAACACCAAUUAUAAUACAAUGUGGUGUUAUCGACUUGGAACUUAUCAAACCUUAGGGUUGCCGACCACAGUCUUUAAAAAAAUCAGAUUUCAUUUUAUGGAAAGUAUUGCUCGAGGAGACUGGAAAACAAUGCAAUUAGUAUUUUGUACACUGUUGGUUACUGACUGACAUGGAAAGUGUUCUUAGUGUUACCAUGUAUACUAGGUAUAACGUGCAAUUGAGACAUUCGACCCGACUCAAAGUUGCCCCUCCGGAAUUUAUAAAAUUUUUUUCUGAGAGUAUUUAGUAGUUCCAGUUGAUAAACUUUCAGUUUCAUGGAUCCAAUUUUCAAAAUGUUGGAGGAAUGUUCCUCCGUUCUUCUAAAAAAUUAGUCGCGCUCGGUGAACUACACUGCUAUCAAAAAUGAGGAAAUGCAUUGAUAAGAGGUGACUAACAGAUCACGAGCACAUUUCUCUAUUACGGCGAAGUGUUUGAUGAUCAUCUACUUUUAAUUGCAGAUCGUCUGGAGAUUGCCCGGAGUGCGGCAGUUAAUUGCGAUACUUGUUUUCAAUCGUUCCAGGGUCUUUUGCAGUCUUUUGACUGCUUUAUUCUUUCAGUCUUCAAAACCAAUGCGUCACUGAAAUGGUGAGUCGAGUACAACCUCGGAUAAAGAUUCUGCCUCAAAAUUAAAAGGCUACCGAAAAUACGUGUCUUACGAGCUCCGAACAGCUUAUUGUGGGCAAUAUUUUUGGCGUUUAUAAACUGAGCAUAUUAUAUUUACCGAGAAAAGUUCUAAUUUAUAGGUCUACUCUGAUUUUUGGGGGCAUGGCCAAUGGUAGAUUUUGGACACUAGUGUCAGAUUUAACAUUUUAGACGCUAGUGGCCGAUUCUGGAUUUUGGAAGCUAGUAGCCGAUUUUGGAUUUUAGACCCUAGUCGUCGAACUUGAGUUUUGGAUCAUAGUGGCAGAGUUCAAUUAUGGACACUGAUGGUCGAUUUUUUAUUUUGGACACUAGUGGCCGAUUUUUGAUUUUGGACCCUAAUGGCCGCAUUCGGAUUCUGGACCCUACCGGUGGAAAUUCAAUUUUGGACAAAAGUAUCUGAUAUUUGCUUUUGGACACUAAUGGCCUAUUUGGGUUUCGGACACUGGUGGCUGAUUUUCAAUUUUGGGCCUCUACAGUGGCCGAUUUUCAAUAUUAAAAAAUUAAUGACCAAAUUCAGAUUUUGGUACCUCGUGGCUGAAUUUGGACCCUUAUGGCUGGUUUCAAUUUUGAACACUAGUGGCCGAUUUUUGCAGUUGGACAUAAAUGGCCGAUUUGACAUUUUGGACCGUAAUGGCCAAUUACCAUCUUAGGACACUAGUAGCCGAUUUUUGACUUUGGACCUUAAUAACUGAUUUUAGAUUCUUGACUUUAGUGGCCGAUUUUGGAUUUUGAACCCUACUGGCGAAAUUUCAAUUUGGACACUAGUGGCCGAUUUUGGCUUAUGGACACUAGUGGCCGUUAUCGGAUUUUGGACCCUAAUAGCCAAUUUCGGAUUUUGAACCUUAGUAGCCGAUUUUGGAUUUUGGACCUUAGUGGCCAAUUCUGGAUUUGGACCCUAGUGGCCGCUUUUGCAUUUUGCACCCUAGGAUGAUUUUUGGUUUUGUACCCUAGUAGUCGAUUUUGGAUCUUCGACAGUAGUGGCUGAUGUUGGAUUUAGAACCUGGUGGCCGAUUUUGGAUUUUGCACCCUAGUGGCCGAUUUUGGCUCGUGGACGUUAGGGACCGAUUUUGGAUUUUGCACCUUAGUGGCUGAUUUCAAAUUCUGAACAUUCGUGGCCAAGUUAGAUUUUGGACACUAGUGGCCGAGUUGAGAUUUUGGAACCUCUUGACCGAUUUUGGACAUUAAUGGCCGAUUUUGGAUUUUUCACCCUUGUGAUUGAUUUCAGAUUUCGAACACUAGUGGCUAAUUUUUGUUUUGGACACUAGUAGCCGAGUUAAGAUUUUAGACCCUCUCAACCGAGUUUGGACACUAGUGGCCGAUUUUUAACUUUGGACCCUGGUGGCUGAAAUUGGCUUUUGGACCUUAGUGGCCGAUUCUUCCUUUUGGACAAUAGUAGCCGAUUUUUCCCUUAGACAUUAGUGGUCGAUUUGAGAUUUUGGAUGCUAGUGGCCAAUUUUGGAUUUUGGACCAUAGUGGCCGAUUUGAGAUUCUGGACCUUAGUGGCCGAUUUUGGCUUUUGGACACUGGUGACCGAUUGUAAAUUUUGGUCAAUUAUUGCCGAUUUUGGAUUAUGGACACUAAUGGCCGUUUUCAGAUUUUUGGACCUCCGUGGCCAAUUUUCCAUGCUGGACCGUAAAGGCUGAUUCUAGAGUUUGGUCAUCAGAGGCCGAUUUGAGAUUUUGGACCCUCGUGUCCAAUGUUUUUGAUUUUCGACACUAGUGGCCGAUUUUUGAGUUGAGACACCAGUGGCCGAUUUUUGAGUUGAGACACCAGUGGCCGAUUUUUGCGUUGGGACACUAGUGGCCGAUUUUUUAUUUUGGACACCAAUGUCUCAAAUUUUAGUUUCGUACUCUAAACAGUUGUAAACAGUUAAGCCUUCAGCCUCAGGCCAUUAGCACCAAAGCUGUGUAGUGCGAUAAUCUUUGAUUCACCUGAACAAAAUCGACGAUCAAGAAACUGACAAAAGCGGAACAAUUAAUAGGUUAAAAAGGGGUAUGGAGAAAGUGUGGACUUGAAUUGUGGAAGUGAAACUCCUGGUAUUUUCCAGUCUAUUAGAAAUCCACUCACUGAAUGUCGGCCACUCGAGCAUGUGCUUAACUGGGUGAAUAACUUUUCUAAAAGCAGGUAAACUUGAUCUGCAAAACACAUUUCCACGUUGCCUUGCGUCUUCUCUGUAAUAGAUCAUAGAUAAAGUCAAAAUGUGGUAAAAAAUAAGUGAUACACAAUGGGCAGCCGAGUGUUUCACAGAUCAGUCUUACCACAUUUUGACGUCUCGUGUUAUCUAUUAUUGAACAGAACCAUGGCAACAUGAAUAUUUUUGUCUUUUUAUAAGAUAAAAAUCAAAAUGUUUUCAACGGUGACGUCAUCCAAGUUCCUGUCCUCCAAGAGAGGGCGGACGCAAUCAAAAUACAUGCAUAAUUCAGCUUAUCAUAUAGAAUCUUUUUUCUUCAAUUAGAGUUGCGCGGAACAUGAAGAUGCCAAAAUUGCGCUUUGCAGAUUUCGGAAAAAGCCUUCGAAUCACUCUCCUAGAAUUUAACGUUUCUCCUAUGGAGUGGGACACGCACUGAGGGAGGACAUAUGGCGGCUCGUUAACUUGUUCAGACUGGCUUUCUUCUUGAAAGUACUUGUAACUUUUGUCCUGGAUGUCAAUGGCUGACCAUGUCGUACACUGCCAUACCGUACACAUUUAUGGCGCUGGCUUUAGCUCUCGUAAAUAUUGGUCACCUUUCACUGGUCCCUGCAAUUACUUCGCAAUAA